UUAUUACAACCUAUCAUAUUAAGAACAUCACAACGUUCGCGAAUACCAGAUACAUACAUUUACUACAGACGAUUUUCCUUUGCCGAUACACAAUCAUAUCUGUUUUAUAUGGAGUGUAAAUGACAUGCACUGUAGUAUUGUAGUUGAUAGAUGCACUUGUAGUUAGUGUAUUUCAUCAAAAGUUUCCACAUCCUCAGCAAGGUAUUGUGAACUGAUAGUGUGGAUAUUGCACGAGAUGCUAUAGCAGGUUGUAUAAUAUUCUCUGAUUUGUUUUAUAAAAUGCGAUGUGAUAACAAACUGUACAAUAUUUUUGGUUAAUAAAUGUAAGUUUUACGUUGUUUUUCAGGUUAUGAAUCCUUUGGAUGCUAUGUGUGACGUGAAACGCAACGACGCUGUGUGCGUCAGUAACCUUAAGUCAGCUAAGGCGGUCGAUAAAGCAAUCUUACAAGAACGGCCAGAUAUAAAGAUAUUUCUGCCAUUCAGGUUUCAUUUCUAUAAACCCAAAGACCUUUUCAUUGAAAACACCUACAAGAAUUACUUAGUGGCCUACGGCGGAGACCAUGUCCUCAGUUUAAUCGAUGAGAUCUCAUACAGCGCCCCACCAGCGCCCCCUCUCUCACAGAUGCACGAACUGCCACCGGAACUGUUCUGCAACGGGGACAACCGACCAGCCGAUUGUUCGGUCGACUGCAAAUGCACACAUAUGAUAGACGUGCCUUUGAAUUCCAUUGUAGAGAUCGUUCUAGUCGACGAAGUGCAAUCCCCGAAUUUAUCUCAUCCCUUCCAUUUACACGGGACGUCAUACAACGUUAUUGGAAUGGGCCGGUCGCCUGAUAAAAAUAUAAAGAAAAUAAACUUAAAACACGCUUUGGAUCUCGACAGGAAGGGUCUUUUAAAUAGACAGUACAACUUACCACCGUAUAAAGACACUAUAGCCGUCCCUAAUAACGGAUACGUAGUAUUGAGGUUAAAGGCCGACAAUCCGGGCUACUGGCUAUUCCACUGUCAUUUCAUCUAUCAUAUUGUCAUCGGUAUGAACCUUAUACUGCACAUCGGAACGCAAAGAGACCUACCCCCUGUUCCACCUAACUUCCCGAGAUGUGGCCACCAUCUACCGUCCAUAACACCCCCUUACUACCCAAUACACUAAAGGAUGCGUAAUCCAGAGACGUAUAGAUCUCUUAUAGGUAUUUAACCUGCCGAGUUUAACAUCUCCCGCGUACUGCCAUAUUUUAUUGUCGCCAAAAAUAUGAAAAAAGUACGCAUGUUUAAAUUAAAUUGGAUGUAUAUACAUUCUUGUUGCUUCUUAAACUAGUAAACCAAAGUAAUAAGGUAUAAAUGUCGUUUUUGUAUUGAAUCAUAUUCUUAUUUCUCUAAUGUAAAAUAUUUUAUAUUCAUAUUUGUUUGAUUAAUUUUGAUAUAUAAAAAAUAUAUAUGUAAUUUACGGUUUUUAAUAUAAAUUUUGCUUAAAAAAUAUUUACCUCAAUCUAUAUGUUGCUUGUUUUAGAAUUGUAAAUAAAUAGUUAAGCAAACUCGUGAAACGUAAACUAGUGAUUAUAGUCAUAACUUGUACACAAUUCAGAUUCCAUGUGUUAUGGUUAUUUUAAUAUGUAUUUCAUAUUAUUAAAAUUUAUUGCAACUUUUGCUUCGUAAACAGAGUUAGGGACAUAAAAUUCGGAGAGUUUUUAUUCCAGCAACAUUUAUUACAGUUGCAUCAUUUGUUGUCUUUUACGAUUCCUCGUUUAAUGUUCUCUAACUUUUAUGCCAAACCAAAAUUUUUUUUUUUUUGUUGUAUUGCUAUAAAAAAGUAUAUUUAAAUAGCCUUCUUAUUUAACAAGUCAUCUUAUGAUUUGAGAUUGUAGCCCUGAUUACAGUUUUUUUCAAACUUGUCAUUUAAAUUCCAUUUUCUAUGUACACUUCAAAAUUGCUGUUUGUUGGUUUGUGUCGACUUAAGUAAGAUGUAUGAAAUAUAGACUGAUAAUGUAAAGAAUUUAAUUAAUAAUAUUAAUAAUUUUAGGUUUUAAUUAACAUACAAUAAAGAAUAGCUUCGAUAUUUAUUGCUUCACAUAUUUCAGAACAUAUUAAGAAGAUUUAAUGUUAAGAUUAUCAAUGGUUUGUCCUCUUUAUAUUUUAUACUUCUCACUUAAAUCGACAUUUUGUCAGGAGUGUUCUUACUAACAUUUUGACACAGUGUAAUGUUUUAAUUAUAAAAUGUACGUCUGUGGUUGGUAUGCCACUUAUGUUUUAUCCCUUCUUUUUUCAGCUGUCAUAUUAUUUUUAUACUGCGUAAUAAGUAUUAUAUGUGCUAAAUAAAUAAGUUUUAAGGCUAAAUUUAUACAAUUUGUAAAAAGUCAACAAUAAAAAUUUAAGAAUCA